AUGACCAUCGCGACGCCUACUGGCGGUAGCUCUGAUGCCCGCAGUGCCUCUCAUAUGCAGCGACGGAAUAGUACAGAUGAUCACGGCAUUAAGCGCCGAGCGGCCAAAGCCUGUCUGUCCUGUCGUCACCGCAAGGUCCGCUGCGACGUGGUGACCGACGGUCCCCCUUGCACAAACUGCAGACUGGACGGGGUCAACUGUAUCAUCAAGAAGUCCAAUCGGGGUAGGAGGCCAGCGGCUCUUAACCCCAGAGCUGCUCGGCAAGUACAGUCCCCUACACCGCCUGCCCCGGCAAUUGCCCCGUCUCCGUCCCCCCAGCUUCGGCCCGCAGUAGUAGCGACAGGCGGCGUACCAAAUGAGUUCUUUCCCUCGCUGUACUUUGAAGCUCAACGCCCAUACACUCCUCGCUCUGAGUCUGUUGAAGAGAUUCAAGUGGAGAUGCAGUAUCAGCAUCAGGUGGAGACCUCAAACACGUCACCUGGGAGGUUGGGGCACGAUAGUGCCAGGUCUGGUGGCAUCGACGAAUGUGCUCAGCCCGACCUUCCAGUAUAUAUUCGACCACUUCCCUCCCGCAUCACUGCGGAAGACUACGGCUAUCUUACGAGUAAGGAUGCGCUACACAUACCCGACGAGGAGCUCCGCGAUGAGUUGUUGCGGACCUAUGUCGAUGUUGUACAUCCAUUUAUGCCGGUCCUAGACAUUAACAGUUUUCUCACGCCCGUCGUCCGCUGCGAUGGCCACAGCCACGUCAGUCUCCUGCUCUUCCAGGCGGUUAUGUUCGCCAGCGUGGCCUUUGUAGACGCCCAGUUCCUGCGGACACGAGGCUACCGAAACCGCAAGGCCGCACGCAAGGCAUUCUUUAGCCGCGUUCGUCUGCUCUAUGGACUCGACUGCGAGCCAGAUCGCUUGGCGCUGCUCCAGUCCCUGAUGUUGAUGACUUACUGGUACGAUAAUCCAGACGACGAGAAAGAUACCUGGCAUUGGAUGGGCACUGCCUUGUCUCUCGCCCAGGUCCUGGGAUUCCACCGUAACCCGGCGCUCUUGAGGCUUAGUUCCCAGGAAAGGAAGCUCAGAAGCCGGAUUUGGUGGUCAUGCUUCAUGAGGGACCGACAGCUGGCCAUUGGUCUUCGACGACCUCCAAGAAUUCGAGAUGACGAUUACGAUGUUCCUAUACUCACUCUUCAUGAUUUCAACCUCGAACCUCCUUCGCCGGAUUUAGCCAGCUUCCUCGGGCAAUCAAGUUUCACCGACGCGAACGCGCGAGAAGUUCUUGCCAUGCUAUGCAUCGAUCUAGCCAAACUAUGUCUAUGUAUGGGCCAUAUCGUCUACUCGCAAUAUACCCUUCUGGGCAAUUGCCCGACCGGGUCCGAAAAUCUGUUAAAAGUUAUCGUUAUGCCGAGGUCGGAGGGACAAGAGGAAACGCUGAUUAGCUGUGAUGCUGGGCUGGAGAAAUGGAUUCAGAGCCAGGAUGAACGGUGCAAGUACACACCGAUUUUACCAGCCUCGCCAGAAAACGGCGAUAGUAUCGCCAAGCGUGUCAUCCGGCUUCACCAAGCCGUCCUACAUAUGCUCUACCUAACCACGGUCGCCGCCUUGCAUCGGCCGCAUGUCUUCCGCUCCGAACCCGGUGCAGUUGAUGGACCCAAUACUCAGAGAGCGUCCAGAAAAAAGGUCACGGAAGCCGCCAUCGCCAUGACCAGACUAGCCUUUGACCUCCAAAGCAGCAACCAGCUGCGUCACCUGCCAUCUAGUAGCAUCUCCGCAUUCCUAUCUGCCGCGCUUAUUCACCUACUUGACAGCCGUUCGCACGACGAAGGCAUCCGAAAUGUCAGCAUCGGGCGCUUUUAUCAGUGUGUGCAGGUGCUGCAACACUUGCAGGACAUGUACUCUUCAGCCGACUAUACGCUGAACUUCCUCGGUUCCGUCCUGAAAAGGACCGACGUCAACGUCCCUGGUCUCGGGUUCGUGUUUCCAUCCGGUCUUGCGGGCGAGCGUAUCCAAGAUUUGUCGAGAUGUGCUCACUCCUUACCGAACCUUCGUGGCACCGCGCGUAUCGACACCGCCUACCCAAGCCCAUCUGGUUCUGGGAAUAACCAGGCUUCUCGGGAGAUCCCCGGAGGACCUGAAAGUGGUUCCCAGGUCGACCCGAUCCGGGCGUCCACGCCCAUGCAGUAUACUGCUACAGAGGCCUGGCCAUCUAGACAGGGAACGGCAGUCCAGGACCGGCGAGCUGGCGAAAUCAUGACAGACAUGUCGCAGAUUAGCUUGUGGGGAGAUAUGGACAGUCUAUUUCCAGCCUUGUUCAACUUUGAUGGCGAAGCCAACGCCUCUACGCUGAAUAACGGGCCACGGCCCUCGUCAGAAUGGCCAUUUCCCUCACUAGAUUUCGCGCGUCGGGACGAUUACUCGAGGGUUUAA